AACUGAGCUCACCUCUACUCUGCUCAAAUGAGGUCCGGUGGCCUCUCGUUGGCUUCUUCGGAUUAUCUUCAAAUGGGCGGUGGCGGAGCAAUGGGAAAGAAUUCAACCCUGAUUUGUUCGCCUGUAAUGGGGCAAUCUGUCGACCAGAUGUUGAGUGAGAUGGGUAAAGCCAAGGCCGGUGGUGCUGACCUUGUUGAGGUCCGGUUGGACUAUCUCAACAACUUAAACCCUCGCCAAGAUCUCAAAGUUCUCAUCAAGCAGUCUCCUUUGCCUACGCUCUUCACUUACAGACCAAAAUGGGAAGGUGGUCAAUAUGAAGGUGAUGAAACAAGACGAUUGGAUGCACUUAGGUUAGCCAUGGAAUUGGGAGCUGAUUACAUCGACGUUGAGCUUCAGGUAGCUCAUGAAUUCCUCAGUUCCAUAUCUGGAAGAAAGCCAGAAAAUACCAAAGUGAUUAUUUCAUCUCACAACUAUCAAAGUACACCAUCUGUUGAAGAUAUUGCCAACCUUGUAGCUAGAAUACAAGCUACUGGAGCGGACAUAGUUAAAAUUGCUACAACUGCCUUGGAUAUCACAGACGUGGCACGCGUAUUCCAAAUAACUGUCCAUUCCCAAGUUCCAAUAAUUGGGCUGGUUAUGAGUGAGAGGGGUUUGAUGUCACGAUUGCUUUGCCCAAAAUUCGGUGGAUAUCUUACUUUUGGUACAAUCAAUGCUGGAAUGGUUUCCGCUCCUGGGCAACCAACACUUAAAGAUCUAUUGGAUUUAUACAAUUUCAGACAGUUGGGACCUGAUACCAAAGUAUUUGGAAUUAUUGGCAGACCAGUUGGGCACAGCAAAUCUCCUUUGCUUUACAAUAAAGCAUUUAAAGCAGUUGGUUUUAAUGGAGUUUUCGUACCAUUACUGGUGGAUGACGUUGGAAAAUUUUUUGAUGUAUAUUCAUCUCCUGAUUUUGCGGGAUUCAGCUGUACAAUUCCUCACAAGGAGGAUGCACUUAGGCGCUGUGAUGAGGUUGAUCCUGUUGCCAAGGCUAUUGGAGCUGUUAAUUGCAUUAUUAGGAGACCAAGUGAUGGAAAGCUAAUUGGUUACAAUACGGACUAUAUUGGUGCAAUUACUGCUAUCGAGGAUGGAUUAAGAGGUUCCCAUCCUACAAACAAUUCAAGUGGUUCACCCUUAGCUGGUAAAUUGUUUGUAGUCAUUGGAGCUGGUGGUGCUGGUAAGGCACUUGCUUAUGGUGCAAAGGUGAAGGGAGCAAGAGUUGUAAUUGCCAAUCGCACUUAUGACCGAGCUAAAGAACUGGCUGAGCUGAUGGGAGGAGAAGCUAUCUCUAUAGCUGAAUUAGAAAAUUUCCAUCCAGAGAAUGGAAUGAUCCUUGCAAAUACAACAACUAUUGGAAUGCAGCCCAAAGUAGAUGAGACUCCCAUACCUAAGCGAGCUCUGAGCUCAUAUUCUCUAGUUUUUGAUGCUGUUUACACCCCAAAAAUGACCCGACUCUUGAGAGAAGCAGAAGAGUCUGGUGCCACCAUUGUUUCCGGGUUGGAGAUGUUCAUUGGGCAGGCAUAUGAACAAUAUGAGAGGUUCACAGGUUUGCCUGCACCCAAGGAACUGUUCAGGGAAGUAAUCAUGACAAAAAACUGAGUGUAUUUGUUCAGCCCUUGUUAAAUAGUCUCCUUGCAGCUGAAACCCUUUCUAAUUGUAAUUUAUUUGUUUAAUUUUGGGUUGUGUAGAAACUGUUAGUUCCC